GCUCUCUCUCUAUAGUAAUUUAUUAGACAACCCCAAUUUUUAAGCUAUUAAUAAUUGGACGACGGCACAAGGCAUGAUGUCUACCUGUUAUGCCCUCUUCGCUGAGGGCCGUGACCUGCGCCAAAAGCUGGAGGACCGGUUGGUGGGCGAUGACGUCAUGGAGGACGAGUUCUCGCAGGCGAAUGGAGCGCAGGAAGACAAGGCCAACUCCGGCGUCAGCACCGACAACAACAACAGCAACAAUAUGCACAACAACAAAGAUUAUAACAACAAUAGUAACGACGAUAACAACAACGGCGAUGACCACGACAGCAGCGAUGUGGUGGGAAUUGGGCCAGAUAACAAUAAUACCGACGACGAUGGGGAUGAUAAUAAUAACAACUGCGAUGAUGGCGGCAGCGGUGACGACGGUGGCAGUGACGACGACGACGCCGGUGGAAGUGGUUAUGGCCAUGGGAGCAGCAGGGCAGACAGCAUCAGCACGCUGGGAAAGAAGCCCCAGGCUAAUAAGAGGAUUAUAUGCGGAGUAAUGGGCCUGGCGAGAUGGGGUUUGGGGUUGAAGGAUCAAUCAGCUGUUUCCCCCCCUUCCUUUCUGCUGUUUCUACAUGGUGACUCGUUCUGCCAUCGGGUGGGAGUUGGAUAGACGUCCAACCCCGUUUUCUUUGAUUAGAGCUGACCGGCCCUCAAUCUCUAAUCAUGAAGGGGUGUCGAUCGCCCCCAAGGGAUGUAGGUAGGGUAGGGUUUCGAGUUUGGCUUUGUUUUGUUUUGUUUUGUUUGUUCUCCUCCCGGGGGUGAUUGAUGUUGGCGGCUUUAUAGAUACAAUAAUAUUUCAUGAGCACGAGGUCAAUCCUUCCCUGUCGCAGGGAAGUAAUCAAUGCCUCUGCUCAUCUUUGAAACAUUUGGAUCGAGUAUAUCUCAGAUAGUGUUCACAUGCACCAUAUCACAUACUCGAUGGAUAAAGAUCAUACACAGAA